AUGGAUUCAGGCAUGAAGUUUGGCCGCAAGCAACAAUCAGACGCCAUAAGUAAAGGAAAGAUCGAGGAGAAAAUACCCUAUAGACUUUGUUUUAAGGACAGGAUGAAAGACACUGAUACAUCGCUGAUAGAAGAAAAGAGAACGUCCCAAAGGUUUUAUGAUCAGGAAAGAUUGCAAUCGCGCAAGGUUUUACGAUUGACAAGGGUGCAUUCUGUCGACGCAGUCCAAACAAACUCAUUUCACGGUGACGAUAGCACGAUAAGAUUGACUAAAAGGAUUCCCUCUGUGGAAAGACGGACCAUACCGCCUAGUUUAUAUCUGCCUUAUCUAUUAGUCAACAAGGAUGCUUAUAUCACUCCCGUAUUCAAUAUGGCGACUUACAAAGGGUUUCGAACUCAGGAAGAAAGAAAGAGGUUGUCUUUGUCCAAACAGUUGGAGCGUUAUCAAAAGAAUUUGCUUCACGAUGGAAACUCGGAAGAGAAAUGCUCUGCAGUUCCUGCAGUGAUAGAUAUCUCAAAACCUGCCAAGUUAAAUGUAAGAUAA